AUGGUCAACGACAACAGGUUCCAAGAUCUGUAUCUAGGUAUUGAUUUUUGGAAGAGUUUCGAACUUUUGCCCUUGGAGUUCCAGAUCGGCGAGAUUUCGGUUAGGCAGGAGUUGUCCGAAGCCCAGCAAACGAGUUUACAGGCGGUGAUAGAGCUGUUUCCAUCCUUCGCCAAGCUAGGUUUGGGAAAAACCCAUUUGAUUAGCCAUAGUAUCGACGUUGGAGAGACGAAAGCGGUAAAGCAGAGGCAUUAUCCGGUGUCUCCGGCAGUAGAGAAGCUGCUCUACGGAGAGGUCGAGAGAAUGAUGAAGCUAGGGGUGAUCGAAGAAUCGCAGAGUGCUUGGUCGUCGCCGGUAGUGCUAGUGCAGAAGCCGGGCAAAGUCCGGUUAUGUUUGGACUGUAGAAAGGUGAAUAGCUUCACCCAAGGCGAUGCCUAUCCACUACCACAGAUAGACGCAAUCCUAAGCAGACUUCCUAAAGCGAUGUUCAUCUCGAGUUUGGAUUUGAAGGACGCUUACUGGCAGAUCCCGCUGGAACCAGCUUCACGCGAUAAGACCGCGUUUACCAUUCCUGGGAAGCCUCUUUACCAGUUUAGGGUCAUGCCUUUCGGGCUCAUGAAUGCUUCUCAAACCAUGACGCGCCUCAUGGAUAAAGUUAUUCCGGCCGCGCUACGGAACGAGGUAUUCGUGUAUUUGGACGACCUGCUCGUCGUAUCCGACACUUUCGAAUCGCAUCUAGCGGUCCUGACGUCGGUGGCGAAGCACAUAAAGCAAGCGGGGCUAACGCUGAAUAUCGAAAAGAGCCAUUUCUGCAUGAGAACUGUUAAGUAUCUAGGGCAUGUGAUCGGGGAAGGCGUCAUAAGAACAGAUCCCGAGAAGAUAUCUGCCAUGGUAGAUUACCCUGUUCCGCGGACAUUGAAGGCGUUACGCAGUUUUAUAGGCAUGACCGGAUGGUAUAGCAAAUUUAUAAGUAACUAUGCGGAUAUAGCAGCACCUCUAACCGAUUUGAUGAGACCCAAAUGUCGUUUUACGAUGACGCAGGCGGGUUUGGAGGCAUUCUCAAAACUUAAAAACGCAAUGUGUCAGGCUCCGGUUUUGCAUAGUCCGGAUUUUAGGAAACCGUUCUACAUCCACUGCGACGCAAGCAGUUAUGGGAUCGGCGGAGUAUUGGUUCAGAAGACGGAAGGAGAGAAAGGGGACGAGUACCCAAUUGCCUUCGUUUCGAAGAAGCUGAGCAAGGCCCAACGGAACUAUUCCGUCACGGAACAGGAAUGCCUGGCCGCGAUUAUUUGUAUUAAGCGGUUCAGACCUUACGUAGAGGGACACAGAUUUACGGUGAUUACAGAUCACGCAUCGUUAGAGUGGCUCAUGGCACAACCAGACUUAAGGGCGUAUGAAGGAGAAGCAGAGGAGGAGGUAGUCGCCGGCUUAGGGAUGGACUAUGAAUCUCCAUUUUUCGAGACGGAUGAGUAUAGGACUCUAAGGAACACGGUCGAAGCUAAUAGGGAAACGGUGCCAGACUUGAAAGUCAUGGAAGGGAAGGUUUUCCGGCGGGCGAAACAGGAUCAGGGAGUAGGGCUAGGCGAGAGUUUCGCGUGGAAGUUAUGGGUGCCAAACGAGAUGAUCCCGGAGGUAAUGAAAGAAGCCCACGACAGUCCCACAGCAGCCCAUGGAGGGAUCCAUAAAACGCUGGAGAGGAUUCGACGGAUGUACUACUGGCCAGGAUUAGUUAGGGACGUAAAGGACUACGUAGGCAACUGUGAGGCGGUAAAAAGGCUGUCGGCCGAUGUAGUAGUGAAGUAUAUGAGGCAGGAGUUGUUCCAUACGUUUGGAGUUCCGGAAACGGUGUUCUCGGACAAUGGGACACAAUUCAAGGGCGAAGCGUUUAGAACGCUAAUGCGGGAGAAUCGGGUGACGCAGAUUUUUACAGCCGUCCACUCGCCGCAGGCUAAUGCAUCCGAAAGGGUGAAUAGGUCCAUCAUCGCAGCCAUAAGAUCCUACGUGAGAGAAGACCAAAGGAAUUGGGAUCAACACCUCAAAGUUCAACGCACCGGCAAGGUGGAGAACAAGUACCUUCGAAAGUCACCAGCAUAUCACAGCAGCAAAAUAGAAGCGCAGCUUGUGGGCAGACGCGCCCAAAAGGUCGGCGCUAAAGUGAGGCAGGUCACGGAUCGUAGUGUCGGACGGAGGGCCUGGUACAAGGAGUACGAGGCGGUCGUGAGGAGAGACGGUGGAGUCGUGCGAAGUUCCCAGUGGAGCAGUCGACGGCGCAUAUUGAGACGGAGCGCGGCGCGAAACCGCCCACGAGGCGCGGCCGCGAAAGGACUGGGUUCCUACCGGGGAGCACGGUCGGAGCAGACGCCGGAGGAGCUGGAGCUGAUUGUGGUCCGGGGCGAGCGAGCCCGGGAGCCAGGCUCGGAGCGUUUGCGGCGAUUUUAA